CUGAUGACCAGAGGGGCAGCGGGUGCGAGCACUCGGUCUGUAGAGAGUGAAAUGAUGCCUGAAGAACCGCGCAAUCGGGGACAGUUGGAUUAAUGGGGGCAGCUAUUGUUUUGAAAAUCAUUUAUUGGUUCAGGUUUUUGUGUGGAUUUCUAGUCGGGUCCAUGUCAAAAUGCCAUUUGCCAAACGGAUCGUGGAACCCCAGUUACUGUGCAGGCAUUCAGUCCCGAAAGAAGAGAGUUUGGUUUUCGAGGAUCUGUGUACGGUCAACAAUGUGGCUCUGUCCCGGACCCUACGGCAGCUCUCCGACCUGGCCCGGCACGCCUGCUCUCUCUUCCAGGAGCUGGAGAGCGAUAUCGUGUUUACCAACCAACGGGUCCGCGGACUGCAGAGUAAAGUCGGUCAACUUCAGCAGUCUAUCUCUGGGUUAGACGCCAAGCAGGAGACAGUACCGGUAUCAGAUCUGGAUGUAGAGUGUAAGUUAUCAGACCACUACGUGUCUCCAUGGCUCCUCCAGAGGAAUGUGUUCCUGCCCUCCACCAGACCACCAUGUCUCCAGGAGCUGCACCACACCGCAGAGCAGAGCCUUCGGGCCAGGCACAGAGAUUACCAACUGAGGCAGCAAGCGAGCAGCAGAAGAAGACGCAGAGUGAACGUCUCUGUGGCGCCCCCUACGCCCACGUACCCCUCACCACACUCUGCCAGGAGGAGACAGCAGAGGGGACGGAGCCUGACAGCGUUUGACAGCCUCGCCCCCCGCUCCUCCUCCCUCACCGAAUGUUGCCACUUCUCUCCCUGGAGCAGAAAGGCUGCUCCUCCCCCUGACAGUCUCGGCCAACGACCUCGCCACCCUGUCCCCAACGUUCCCUCCACGCUGGACAAGCAGACUAACUGGUCCAGCGUUCUCCCACUGCCCACACCUCAGGAGAGGAUGAAGAGCGACUCACAAGUCAUCACAUCCUGCGUCAUCCCAAUUAACGUCACUGGGGUUCAGUUCCACAGAGACGCUAGUGUGCACUGCUCGCUGAUCCACUCUCAGUCCGUGCUUCAGAGGAGGAGGAAGCUGAGGAGACGGAAGACUGUCAUCGGGAUUCCUAGAAGUGUUCAGCAGGACCUAGAUUCUGAUGAGUCUCCGGGCGCCAGAGGGAGGACAGUGGUUGUCCGAUGCAACACUGCUCUCUGUAGCGAGGACCUGUGCAGUCGUCUGAACACCAAGAAGGACUCUGGCUGCCAGACUGAAGACUUCCUGGUCUGCACGCCGUCCCACUGGAGGGUCCAGUACCAGCGUGGUCAGCAGGGGGUCAGCUCCACCCCCGUCCCGCUGUCCCUCUCCACCGGAAACAUCUCCUCUCUACUGGACACUUCGGAGCGCAACAGCGCCAUGUUCUCCUCUUCGCUGGGGGUACGCCUGCGGUCACGCAGCCAGCCAAGGGAUGGGAGGAGACUGAUUGAGGUUCACCACCACAGUGAGGAGGAGGAAGAGGAGCUGUCUCCCUCCGAGACUGAUGACUUCCUGUCUGGGUUGGGGGAGCUGAAGGAGAAGGGGGAGGAAAGUGCAGAUGACCAGUCCCAGCCGGACCACCCUCUGGCCAGCCUGAAGUACCAGCAGCGCACUGGCAGCCCCUGGUUUGACAGGAGCCAAUCCCGCCUCCCCCGGAAGGUUGAAAUAGGGAGCUGUGAGAUGUCCUCCAGCUCAGAUACCUUCUCCAGUCCGCUCCACUCUACAUCCACCAGGCAGGUUGUAGGGUGUCAGAUGGACCAUAAAGACGACCACCAAUCUUCUAGUGGGAACUGGAGCGGCAGCAGCUCAACAUGCCCUUCCCACACCUCUGAGACCCUCCCCACGGCGGCCUCCCCCCAGCUCACUGGCUCCUCCCACUGUGACUCGGAGCUGUCGCUGAACACCGUCCCCCACGCUACAGAUGACCCUGCCCCCGUCCUCAUCCUGGACCCAUACCAGACCGACCGGCAGCUGGACGAUGCAGGGGUCAGCACGGCUAGUGAUGGGGAGUGGAGUUACCCCCACCCUGACGCCAGGCUCCAUGACUUCAGCCCUGAGCGCUCCAGAGAGGGGGAGGGGAGUCUGGGGUACCCCAGCUUUACCAGCAUGGCUACCUGUGAGAGCUUCACUACAGACAAGCCUCCUUCUGAGAAGGCUGACACUGUGUCAUACUACUCCAUAGACAAUGAAGGAUACUACACCUCCAUGCACUUUGACUGUGGUCUGAAAGAGAGCAAGAGCUUCAUGUAUAACUACUCUGACUGUGAACAGGAGCACAUGACUCUGGGGAGACGCUGUCUGACAUUGAGGAAACCUAAGGCCAAGCCCUCUGCCCCCAGACGCAGCUCCUCACUAAGAAAGAUCAGCGGGGGGGGAAAUUCUCCUGACGACACCGAACCAAAGAACCGCAGCGGGCAGCAAAGAAAGUCGUGUUCCAGAGAGAGGAGGUUACAGCUAGACCUAGAGGGCUCCCUGGGCCACCCUAACCUCCCUCACCCCGACCCUGCUCUGGGCCACCUGGAGGACCCUGCUCUGGGAGGGGAGGGGGGCCUGGGGGGGUUAGGGUUGGAGCAAGGCCCUCUGGAGCCCCUAGCGGCCCUCGAGACCUGGCGGAUGGAGGACACCGAGGAGAUGCCGGGCUCCGGCCUGUUUGGUUCCUCUGACAGAGGCUCAUAUAAAGAUGAGGGAACUGUCCAGUCAGACUAUGCAGAUCUCUGGCUUGUGAAUGACUUGAAGUCAAACACGGACCCCUAUCGCUCUCUGUCUAACUCCUCCACUGCUACCGGUACAACUGUUAUAGAAUGCAUAAAGUCUCAGGAGUGUUCAGAGUCCCAGACCUCCCAGUCAGGCUCCACCCCCUCACUGCCAUCAGUAGAAGGGGACUUCAAGAUGUCCUCCCUGCCCUCAGUAGAAGGGGACUUCAAGAUGUCCUCCCUGCCCUCAGUAGAAGGGGACUUCAAGAUGUCCUCUCUGCCCUCAGUAGAAGGGGACUUCAAGAUGUCCUCUCUGCCCUCAGUAGAAGGGGACUUCAAGAUGUCCUCCCUGCCCUCAGUAGAAGGGGACUUCAAGAUGUCCUCUCUGCCCUCAGUAGAAGGGGACUUCAAGAUGUCCUCUCUGCCCUCAGUAGAAGGGGACUUCAAGAUGUCCUCUCCAGAGAGGCUGGCCUGCUUAGUGUCACCAUCUAGUGGCUACUCCAGCCAAUCCGGCACCCCCACCUCUUCCUUUCCCUGCGCCUUCUUCCCCAGUCCCCUGUCACCCACCAAUCAGAAGAGGAAGCCAAAGAUUCCAGAGAGGAAGUCAUCUCUGUCCGUCACCACCAGAGAUCUGGAGCUGCCAGUCAUCCCCCCCAGCCACCAGGACCUCCGUGCCCUUCACAGCGCUAACCCUACCAGCCCUCCUCCAGUCUCUACCAAGCCCCCAGGCCACAGGAACCAGCUCUACCUCCUGCAGCAAAGCAAGCAGACGGCAGCAGCUGAGGCCAGAGCGGCAACCGAGACCUCCAUCAGUCUUCCCAUGACCCUCACCCCCACCGUGCUGCACUCAGUCCAGCUGAGGUCUGUGGGGAAGCAAGGAGAGGGGAGCCCUGACCGGCCCGGCCCAGAUGUUGCCACCAGACCCAAGAGUCCCACUGUGAACAUCAGCCCCCCUUCCAGCAGCAGGUCCCCUGAGUCUACAACCAGGAAGCAUCCAGCCUACAACUCCCAGGUUCCCCCCACUCAACAGUACUGUGAGUCACUGUUGGCCCCCAGUGAAGGCCCUGUUGCUAGGGACCCAGCAGGUCACAGUAGCGUGAGGUACAGGCAGGACAGACACCCUGCUGAAGCCCAGUGGAGUACCACCACCUUCAGACAGCCUGUAGACCAAACACUGACAGACCAGGAGAGACUACCAGACCAGGAGACACUGGCAGAAGAGGACCAUACCAUCAGAGACCAACACCAGCCUCUCCUAGACCAACACCAGCCGCUUACAGACCAGCAGUCCCUGCUAGACCAGGAGGUCUGCCAGAGGGGGGCUGAGACCACAAGAGUGACCCCAGGUCAGGAGGUAGAGGAACAGAAAUUCCCUGGGAGUAGCAGCAGUCUGGAGGAAGAACAGUACCGACCACUACCACCUGAGCCAUCUGAACUCCCGAGACCUGAAGACCUUUCGAUGUUUCCUGGUCAGCACAGCUUAGCCACAACCUCAGAGAGUCUAGACAAAGUGCCUGUUAAAAGUGAUCAGUCUGAAACAUUGCAAGCUUAUCCAAUCAGCGAUGUGGCUGGCAGAGAAGAGGAGUAUUCCAGACCCAGUGACAACUCUAUCUUUCCUCUGAGUGAGGAGACCAAGGCUGAGGGUGAGGUCUUCCUGUCGCCCACCAAGGCUUGCACUACAGAGGAGCUGUUUGCCAUGAUACACAGAUCCAGGAGGAAAGUUCUAGGUAGGAAGGAUUCUGGAGAGUUAAGUCCCCGGAGCCGUCUGUGUGCUGCGUCUGGGAGCACCUCACCUUGUACCCCAGUCACCCCACCUGGCAACACUGUGACUUCUCUGGUGAACCCCAGCACCCCAACCACCCCCACGGGCCCCCAGAAGGCCCCGGGGCCCAUCUAUCGCAGCCUGAAGAAGUCCAGCACCUCCCAUGAGGAGUUUAAACUUUUACUCCUGAAGAAAGGCAGCCGGUCAUAUUCCAGCUAUCGCAUGUCAGCCACAGAGAUCUUGAAGAGCCCCAUCGGCCCCAAUGCCCCUGGAGACCCCCUUGCUGAGAAGCCCCUCUUCCCCCCGCCAGGCACGGAGAAGCUCCCCAGCCCCUUCACAGAGGGCUUCUCUCCUAAAGGCCUGUCCACUUCAGCCUGUCCCAGACAGAACCGAUCCCGCAUCCCUCCUCCACCCACCAGCAGCCGCUACAGCAUCCGCAGCAGGCAGUACCCAGCCCCCAUGCAGGCCAUCUCAGAGGGCGAGACGGAGAACUCAGACAGGAGCCACUCCUAACAGACAGCACCUUUCAGAAAUGUAAAACAGAGGAACAUCUUAAGGUUUUAGAAUAGAUAGUAGAGAACAACUGGACCAGACUGACUUAGAACAUUUUAACUGUGUCUAACUAUUUAUAAUACAGUAUGUAUUUCUGUUUUUAGCUUUUGGUAUUGAAGGAAAACAGAGAGACUUAAGAACAGAAAUGAGAGAGAGAAACCUCUGUAGCUAUGUUCUUUAGAAAAAGAAAUGUUUUUUAAACUGUUAGGAAAGUAAACUGGAAUAUGUACUGUGUUAUAUGAAGGCAGUUUUUAUAUCAAGGCAACUUUGUGUUGUAGCUCUACAGAAAACACAUGGGUAUCUUCCAUUGUAACCCUUAACCGUAACCCUUAACCUUAACCCUUUUAUGAUAUUGCUGGAAAAUGCCACAUGUAUAGAAUAUAUCGAUAUGAGAUUUACAGUAUAAUAUAUUCACUUUUCACUAAUGGUGUAAAAGUUGUGAAAUACCUUAGAGUAACACAGUAUGAGUCAUAAUACCCAUAAAGCCUGGCAGUCAAACAGGGAAA